AUGACGCGAUGUUGGCAGUGUGAUGCAUCUGCUUCCGUGAAGAGGUCAAAGGAUGGUAAACCUGCUUGCGUCGUUUGUUUCACUGAUGCCUUCGAAGCGGAAGUGCAUGAAGUGAUUAAAACUUACGGUUUAUUCGGCAAGGGUAAGAAAGUUGCUGUUGGAGCAUCAGGUGGUAAAGACUCCACGGUAUUAAUUCAUGUGUUAAAUAAACUGAAUCAAAAGUAUGAUUACGGAUUGGACAUCAUCCUGCUUUCAAUCGAUGAAGGAAUCACAGGUUACCGGGAUGAUUCGCUAAAAGCGGUUGAAAGAAAUAGAAAUGAAUAUGGAUUACCCUUGAUCAUAAUGAGCUAUAAACAACUGUAUGGUUGGACAAUGGAUGAAAUAGUGUCGGCAGUUGGCGUUAGAAAUAACUGCACUUUCUGUGGUGUUUUUCGGAGACGUGCUUUAGACAGGGGCGCAGUUGAAUGCGGAGCAAAUAUUAUUGCAACAGGGCAUAAUGCUGAUGAUAUGGCAGAGACAGUGUUACUUAACGUUUUGCGAGGCGAUUUGGCGCGGUUGCAGCGAUGUACUGAUAUUGUAACAGAAUUGGAAGGUUGUUUGCCUCGAACGAAACCUUUAAAAUAUGUCUUUGAAAAAGAUAUUGUGAUGUACGCACACUUUAACGGGCUCGACUACUUUUCUACUGAAUGCAGAUAUGCACCUGAUUCCUUCCGUAAUUACGUGAGAAUGUAUGUCAAGAAGCUGGAAAGGCUGCAACCGAAAGCAAUUUUGGAUUUAAUAAAAUCCGGCGAAGCAAUUUCUGCGCGCAGUGAUGUUUCUCUCCCCAGACCGACUAAAUGUGAACGAUGUGGUUGUAUGUCGUCGCAGAAGCUUUGUAAAGCAUGUCUUUUGCUGCAGGGUCUGUUUACAAACGAUCAUAGCUUGGGUGUUAAAAAGGUAGGUUCAACACAACUAUCAGCACAGUGA